CUACAUACAUAUCUUUUUAGCCAUGUCCCAAAGCAAUGAAAGCAGUGAAGCCAGAUACUCGGCAACAGACAACCUGUCGUUCAUGUACCAGUUGUACUGCUCGUACAUGAUACUGUUCAAGAACGAUGGAGGUAUUGACGACUUCAUGCCGCUGCCGGUGCUGAAGCGCGGCCUGGAACUUUUAGUACGCAAACACUAUCCGCCAGUUGCCGGAUGGUUUGAUGUCCAAGGCUUGGAGAUUGAUGUGGUGUAUUACAGUGACAAGUUCAAUGACCCGCCGUUCACCAGCCAAACAUUGGACAUCAGCUAUGAUGAAGCGGCGAGACAUGUUUCUGAGAGUAACGAGGAAAUGUUCGUGCCCAAGGCGCCAUCAGGCGUGAUUUCGUCGGAGAACAAAAACAUACCAAUGUUCUUGGCAAAAGCCACGUACUUGACAAGCAACCAGGGAAUGGUGCUUGGAGUGAACUAUCACCACUCACUGAUGGACGGGGCGUCGUUCUGGAAUUUCAUGCAUAAUUGGGCAUAUCUAUGCAACCGGCUGUCGCGGGGGGAUUCCGAGAUCGAGGAGCUGCCGUCGCAGCCAACAUUUGGGUUUCCCGACAUCAGCCGCUUCGAAGACACCUCAAAGGUAUUUGACCACACUGAGUACAUCACCACAGACCCCGACAGCCAUACAUUGGAGCUAUUGCCAGGCGAAGACAAGAUAAAGGAGAAUAGACUGGUUGUGUCGUUUUCUCAGCAGCAAGAGCUACGCAAACUGGCAAAGCAGCAUGGUGUGUCGUUCCACGUUAUCUUGUGUGCGAUAUUGUGGAAAGAGUUGAAUACUUUGCGCCUACAGGCAAAGCCAGCGAUAGCAGAUGACGUAUCCCAGUAUACAUGCGCAGUAAACCCACGCCAGGCCCUGGGGAUGCCCAGUGCUUUGUGUGCUAGUGCCGUAAUCAACGUAGCUGAGCGCUGCACAGUCUCGCAGGUUGCCGAAAUGGACCUGGGCCAAAUCGCCGCACGUAUCCAGCAGACUCUGGCACGGGUGACACCGGCGUACAUGUGCAGCUCACACAAAUACCUGCGUGCAUUAAAGGAGCAGGAGCUCGACAAUGCUAGACAUGGGCGUGCGGGCAAGCGGACCAUGUUCUCGUAUAUCCACCCGGCAGCAGUCAAGUGCACAGUUUCGUCGAGCCGCACAUUCCCUAUUUACAAGCUGGAUUUUGGCUCGGGCAGCCCUGAAUAUGUGCGGCCGCCGUAUUUGCCGUUUGAUGGGUGCGUGAGGUUCUGGCCAGGCCCACCCAGCAGCGACAGCGGCGCCGACCUGGAGCUGUAUAUUUCGCAACCCGAAAACAUCGACCUGGGGCGGUCGGACAUGCUCAGACCAUUUAUUGGAGAGUAUUGAUGGCAGGCGUUCCUGAUCAGGCGCGCACAGUCUGGUGUUGGGGGAAUCAGGUAUCGGAUCAAGGAUUGGUCGGAAUCUCGCAGCAAACAACCCACACAUUUUUUUCUUCUAAAGCCGUGCUUAUGCAGAGAUCGAGUCAAAAAAAAAAAGUUUUCUCUUCACCCCGCUCUUCGUUUAUCUUUAGCUCUAUCCCUUUGUGACAGGUUCCUUAUUUCGAUACUUCUUAUUGCACCUUCUAUU